AUGAGGUCUCGCAACCAUUCCACUGAUACCCAUCGCACGAGGCGGUCUCUUCGUUCUGGCUCGCAUGACCGAGACCGUCGUGAAAAGCGCAGAGAAAGAGAUUAUGACGACAAACGACGACGGAGUCGCGACCGAGGAAGUGAACGAGAUUAUCGUGAUCGCUCGCGCGAGAGGUCCCACAGGGACCGCGAUCGUGAAAAAGACAAAGACAGGCGUCAUCGUGAUGACGAUAGACGGGAGCGGGGAGACGUUCAUCGCCGUGACCGUGAUGGGGGAGACCGUGACAAGCGCCGCAAGAGGGAAGAAACCGACGAGCCCCCAGAUGAACGCUUGAAGAAGAAGAGAUACGAUGACAUGGACGAGUCUUCUGCUGGACUUCCGCCCAAGGACAGUCCACGAAGGGGUCAUGACCGUAGAGAUCGCUCACGUGAACGUAGGUAUCGUGACCCACGAGACGAGUUCGAUGACCCUCCUCGGUUCCGGAGGGAAAGGGAUCGUGCACCCGACAAACGUCCCCCCAUUGAGGACACUCCGCUUAACGAGGAGGAGCCAGACAAGGGCUCAUUCAAGAUGAGUUCCCCGCCAAUCAAACGGCCUUCACCUACUUAUGAGGCACAAGAAGACUACAAUCCCGAUGAACCUAAAGAAGACGAUUCAGAAGCUCGGUCGGUCUUUGUUUCUCAGCUUGCCGCUCGUCUCACGGCGCGUGACCUUGGGUACUUUUUCGAGGAUAAACUCGGUGAAGGGACCGUAAUGGAUUCUAGGAUUGUCACGGACCGGCUGUCACGCCGUUCUAAAGGCAUUGGAUACGUCGAGUUCCGGUCGAUCGAUUUGGUAGAGAAAGCUAUGUCAUUGAGCGGAACAGUCGUAAUGGGUCUCCCUAUCAUGGUUCAAUUGACUGAGUCAGAAAGGAAUAGGCUUCAUCCAGGAGACGGGAACCUAAAUCUUCCACCUGGCGUUCAUGCGCCUCAUGGAGCUAUGCAACUUUACGUUGGUUCCUUGCAUUUCAACCUUACCGAAUCCGAUAUCAAGCAGGUCUUUGAACCCUUCGGGGAAUUGGAAUUUGUUGAUUUGCACAGGGACCCUAUGACCGGGCGCAGCAAAGGUUACGCGUUUGUGCAAUAUAAACGCGCCGAGGAUGCCAGAAUGGCUCUUGAACAAAUGGAAGGCUUCGAGCUUGCUGGUAGAACGCUACAGCUGAGAGUCAACACAGUCCACGAGAAGGGCACUGUGCGAUACGCCCAGCAGGAUUCGUUAGACGAAGCUGGCGGCGGUAAUUUGAACGCAGCAUCACGUCAAGCACUAAUGCAGAAACUUGCUAGAAUCGAGCCUGCUCCGAAGCCGCAGCUUGUCAACAAACCGAACAUUCCACAAGCUAUGCAGUCCCGUUCUGUCUUAUUGAAGAAUAUGUUUGACCCAGAGGAGGAAACUGAACGUGACUGGGAUAAAGAGCUCGCUGACGACGUCAAAGGCGAGUGUGAAGAAAAAUACGGCAUAGUAAAUGCCAUCAAGGUCGAAAGGGAGACACAGGGUGAGAUCUACGUCAAGUUUGACACAAUCGAAUCCGCCAAGAAUGCUGUGCAAGGUCUCAACGCUCGGUGGUUCGGUGGCAAACAAGUGUCUGCGGUAUUUAUCUCCGAUGCGAUAAUGGCUGCGCAUCAAUGA